GCGGCUACUCAGCUGGUGCGAGGCGGUCUUUUCCCUUGCGCCCCAUAUCGUCCCAACCUCGCGGUCGACAUCGGCCUUCUCGAAUUUGUGCGGGUGCUGUUCCUCCAUAUAUCGCCAAACGUCAAAGCCUGGUGUAAGGCUUCUGAGAUAUACUUACUGGGGCGAGGCCAUAAGAUC